AUGCAGGGGACUACAAAAGUCAACGCCGACAAGACCAAUUCAGGCAUACCGACUGGUAGCGCGGUCCCAGACGCCCCUCCCAAGAUACUCCGGAAUGAAGCUGAUUCAGAUGACGACAACAAUGACAACGAGAACGAGGAGAAUAACGACAACAUGGACAAUGCGAGCACCGACGGUGAUGAUAAUGACAGCGAUAUCGCCACGAUUACCGUGAAUCUGAGAACGAUCCUUGAAGUCGACUUCAACGAAAUGGAAACAAACCCCGACCACGUCGAGAUCCCUCGUGGUACUGAGUUCCAUGGGAUUAUUGGCAACAUGGAGUGGUGCAUGCACCACGUCGACGAACGCUUAUUCGACCCAGUAAGACUACGAAACUCUGAUCUGUUGGAAGACAGCAAGAACAACUCCGGAACUAAUGACGGUAAUUGGAUGGACCAGCUUUUGUUUGAGCCAGGUCUUGAGCGAAUCGAUGUUGUGUUCGCAUACAGGGCUUACAAGAAUACGGCCCGCAAGUACGAGCUCGUCGGAGAGAACGGCAAAGAUGUCACUGUGGGUCAGUUCGUAAAGGCCGUCCGCGAUCAGCUACAGCAUGCGGAGGCAGACAUACGCAAGUUUUCUGGAGAGCUUUCCCUCAUCUACAACGACUGUUUCGGAGAUGCUCUAUGA